AUCCAUAUAUAACGGAUUGUGGAGCGGUAGCAGGUUGCUUAUGUUCGCUAACGAAAACCUUAGUGUGAUCAAUAUAUAAAGGGUUGUGGAGCAGGAAUUACGAUGGCCUAUGGGUCACUUCUUUUCCAAUUUAAAAACAUUUCUCUUCUGGUGGAUGAAUUCCGUUGUUUUACAUUUUUAGCGAAUUACCUCAAGCAUCACCUUUCACUACCAGUAUGGCUGUUACUAUAAGGUUGGCGAGUCAAUAUUGUCGUCAAAACUUAGCGGCACUUCGAAGGCCCUUUUCCAUGUCAUCAAAAAAGCUUGGUGGUGAUGAAGUUCUUUUCGAGGUUCAUCAAAAUGCAGGAUUAAUCACAUUAAAUCGUCCCAAAGCAUUGAAUGCACUUAAUUUAAACAUGAUUAGGACAAUGCAUCCUGUAUUAAAGGAAUGGGAAAAGGACCCUAAUAUCAAUGUCAUAGUUAUGAAAGGUUCUGGUGAGAAAGCAUUUUGUGCUGGUGGUGAUGUUCGUGCUAUUGCUGAGCAACGAAAUAGUGGAGGCGAAUUAUCCAAGCAGUUUUUCAAGGAGGAGUAUCGGCUAAAUCUUGAAAUAGGUUCCCUGCAAACACCAUUUGUUGCUUUGAUCCAUGGUAUUACUAUGGGCGGGGGUGUUGGUUUAUCUGUCCAUGGUAAAUAUCGUGUUGCAACAGAGAAGACUUUAUUUGCUAUGCCAGAAACUGCUAUUGGUCUCUUUCCUGACGUAGGCGGAGGAUAUUUUCUACCAAGACUUCAAGGGAAAUUAGGACUGUUUCUCGCAUUAACGGGUCAUCGACUAAAAGCACGCGAUGUUUUCCAUGCUGGCGUGGCUACUCAUUUCGUCGAGUCGAAUGAAUUACCGUAUUUAGAAGAUGAGAUUUUGAAGUUGGUCAAACCUACGUCGGACCAUCUCAAUCAUCUUAUUCAGUCUUAUCACAAAAAGUGCGACAAGGAAAGAGAAGAGUUUUCAUUGGCUGGCGAAAUGAAUGCAAUUAACAGGAUAUUCUCAUGUGAUACAUUGGAGGGAAUUUUUCGAGCCUUAGAAGAAGAAGCAUCGGAGUUUUCAUUAAACAAACUAGAGGCACUAAAGAAAAUGAGUCCAGCCUCGAUGAAAGUUACCCUUCGCCAGUUGCAAGAGGGCGCUAAACUGACGUUAGCCGAAGAUUUGAUUAUGGAGUAUCGUAUAUCACAACAGUGUAUGGCUGAAGAUGAUUUUUAUGAAGGUAUACGUGCUGUUUUGAUUGAGCGAGACAACAAUCCAAUAUGGAAUCCAAGCUGCAUUGAAGAUGUCAGUGAUAAAAUGGUAGACUCGUAUUUUCAACCCUUGCCAGAAGAUCGUGAGUUGACGUUUUAGUAAAACGGACCGGCUGGAAUGUUUUCUGCGCGUAAAGAAAUAUUUCUAAGAAGCUGUUCUAUGGAGCUCACAAUCAGUACCAGUUUUGCGUAACUUUGAUUAAAUGUCCGAGACUACGAUAAUUACGCUGAUGAUAAUAUUCUCCGUAUGAUGUAAUUUUUUAAAAAUUGAAUAACCUCUGAUUGGUAUUUAUGUUUUCGUCUUUUUUUAUCAAAAUGAAUGUGUUAUCAGUGUGUUUUCACAAUGAGAUUCUAUAUGAAAAAAGACAGUCCACAACUUAAUACAACCUAGUCAAACUGGAAUGCUCCAGGAUUGUUUCUAACGAUUUUUUUUUUAAUGAUAUAUGUUUCAGCUAUCGUUCCCAAUUCGUCUGCUUUUUUUUUCUUCAGGCUUAAGAAUGCUCUUUUCUAGUUAGCAUUUUGAGGAACGAUUUACUACAUAACGAAAUGGCUAAUAUAAUAACAUCAGUAUUUGUUUUAAUAUAUUUUUCUUUAA